AGCAGAAACAAAAGAAUGUGCGACAGUAUCUGAAGAGUCUGACAUUUGCUUUGUCAUACAGAGAAGUAAAGGAAUUUUUCAGAAUUUGGAGAAAUAAAAUUUCUGUUGUUUCAUAGUGAGUUUUUUUUCUAAUUUUAAAUAGUACCAUUCCCUGUCUGUCUACAGAAUUGAUUUUUAGUUAAGUGUGAGCAUGUGUUUUUUAAGGGAAAUGUGACCUGGAUUUUGUGAGCUUAUUAUGAACAGUAAAUGAAGGCAGCUGUUGUAGUUUGCUGAUCCCUUAUGUAGCUGAAGUAAAUGGAAAUAAAGCAAAAAUAAGUGUGUGUGUGGGGAUCUGAAUUAAAUUCCCCCCUUUGGUCUUAUGUGGAGGCGUGGAUUAUUAUAUUUCUAGACAGUUGUGUGUAUGAGGGGAAUGAGACAUCCAACCUUGAAAAGAUUUAGGAAAGUCGACCAGAUUUUUUCCAAUGUGACCUGCUAAAUCUGUCACAAAAGAGGCAGGCAAAAUUACGUACAAAUAGUCAGAAACCCUGGCUGCAGUUCUUCAUGACAGGCAAGUGAAAGACCAUGUCCUAUUUUUAGAGUGGAUGGAGGAGGGGUGAAGGGGGGAGAAAAAGUUUGAAAAUAAUGGACUUCUUUAACAGUUAGAGAGCAAAGCUAGCCAGAAGCAAGUGAGCUUUAGCAGGAAUUUGUGAUCAACAGAGUCAAGAUAUGGAUGAUUCAAGUAUUCUUCGAAGAAGAGGGCUGCAGAAGGAGCUCAGUCUACCUAGAAGAGGAAGCUUAAUCUCCUCUCCUUUGUUCUCCCACUGCCGAGGAAGUGAUGUUCAUCCGCACAUGUUCUCUCCUACAUCUGCUCCAGGUCUGCAGCACCUUAAAUUCCCAUUUAGUGCUGACUGUGCACUUGUUACUUCUCCUCUAGUAUUUUACCUGAACUCACAAGCCCAGAGCAAUCCGUCUAGUCCAUGCUACAGCCAUCCUUUUCAGUGGAGCUGUCGGACAAGCAACAGAAAGAGUUUGAUUGUAACAUCCAGCACAUCUCCAACUCUCCCGCGACCACAUUCCCCUCUUCAUGGACAUGCAGGUAGCAGCCCUUUGGACAGUCCCAGAAACUUCUCACCAAAUGCACCUGCUCAUUUUUCCUUUGUUCCUGCCCGAAGCCACGGACACAGAGCAGACAGAACGGAUGGACGCCGCUGGUCCUUGGCCUCCCUUCCCUCAUCAGGAUAUGGAACAAACACUCCCAGUUCAACAGUUUCAUCAUCAUGCUCAUCUCAGGAGAAGCUGCACCAGCUGCCCUUUCAGCCCACGGCAGAUGAACUUCAUUUCCUGACAAAGCAUUUCAGUACUGAGAGCAUCACUGAUGAAGAAGGGCGCCAUUCUCCAGCCUUGAGACCUCGAUCUCGCAGUCUCAGCCCGGGUCGCUCCCCAAUUUCCUUUGACAGUGAAAUAAUAAUGAUGAAUCAUGUGUACAAAGAAAGGUUUCCAAAGGCCACAGCGCAGAUGGAAGAACGGCUGGCUGAGUUUAUUGCCUCUAAUGCUCCAGAGAACGUGCUGCAAUUAGCAGAUGGGGUCCUAAGUUUCAUCCAUCAUCAAGUUAUUGAACUGGCCAGAGAUUGCCUAGAUAAAUCACGUGAAGGUCUCAUUACUUCUCGGUACUUUUAUGAGCUGCAGGAAAACUUGGAGAAACUUCUCCAGGAUGCCCACGAGCGAUCAGAGAGCUCAGAGGUUGCCUUUGUUACCCAACUUGUGAAGAAGCUGAUGAUUAUUAUUGCACGACCCGCUCGGCUGCUGGAGUGCCUGGAGUUUGAUCCUGAGGAGUUCUACCAUUUGUUAGAAGCUGCAGAAGGCCAUGCCAAGGAAGGGCAAGGAAUUAAAUGCGACAUUCCUCGUUACAUUAUCAGCCAGCUGGGACUUACCAGGGAUCCCCUGGAGGAAAUGGCCCAGCUGAAUAGCUAUGACAGCCCAGACACUCCUGAGACAGAUGAUUCAGUCGAGAGCCGUGGAGCCUCUGUCCAGUCAAAGAAAACUCCAUCUGAAGAAGAAUUUGAAACUAUUAAACUGAUCAGUAAUGGUGCUUAUGGAGCGGUGUAUUUGGUGCGACACAAGACCACCCGUCAACGUUUUGCCAUGAAGAAGAUCAACAAACAGAACCUAAUUUUGAGAAACCAGAUCCAGCAGGCUUUUGUCGAGAGAGAUAUCUUAACAUUUGCUGAGAACCCCUUUGUAGUCAGCAUGUUCUGCUCCUUUGAGACCAAGCGCCAUCUGUGCAUGGUUAUGGAGUACGUGGAAGGAGGUGAUUGUGCUACACUUCUCAAGAACAUUGGUGCCCUACCUGUUGACAUGGCAAGGAUGUAUUUUGCUGAGACUGUUCUAGCAUUGGAGUACCUACACAAUUACGGGAUCGUUCACCGUGACCUAAAACCUGAUAAUCUCCUGAUAACUUCCAUGGGUCACAUUAAACUUACAGACUUUGGACUGUCUAAAAUUGGGUUAAUGAGUCUUACAACUAAUCUUUAUGAGGGACAUAUUGAGAAGGAUACCAGGGAAUUUCUGGACAAGCAGGUCUGUGGGACUCCAGAAUACAUUGCGCCAGAAGUGAUCCUGCGCCAGGGUUAUGGGAAGCCCGUGGAUUGGUGGGCCAUGGGCGUUAUCCUGUAUGAGUUUCUAGUUGGCUGUGUGCCUUUCUUUGGUGACACACCUGAAGAGCUGUUUGGACAAGUGAUCAGUGAUGAAAUUGCCUGGCCAGAAGGUGAUGAUGCACUGCCACCAGAUGCCCAGGAUCUCAUUUCUAAGCUUCUUCGCCAAAAUCCUCUGGAAAGAAUGGGAACAGGUAGUGCCUUUGAAGUGAAACAGCAUCGGUUCUUUAAAGAUUUGGACUGGAAUGGAUUACUUCGGCAGAAAGCUGAAUUCAUCCCACAGUUGGAAUCUGAGGAUGACACAAGCUAUUUUGACACCCGCUCAGAACGGUACCAACACCUGGAUUCAGAAGAGGAGGAGGACACUAAUGAUGAUGAUCAUGUGGAAAUUCGUCAGUUCUCCUCAUGCUCACCGAGGUUCAGCAAGGUAUACAGCAGCAUGGAACGUCUUUCCAUCCACGAAGAGAGGAAAACUCCACCACCAACUAAACGGAGUCUGAGUGAAGAAAAAGAUGACCGACUGGACAGCCUUGGUGGCUUGAAAAGCCGAGACCGUAGCUGGGUGAUUGGGUCUCCUGAAAUACUGCGUAAGCGCUUGUCCAUGUCUGAAUCCUCGCACACGGAGAGCGACUCCAGUCCACCCUUGACAGUCCGCCGACGCUGCUCAGGGCUUCUCGACAUGCCCCGUUUUGCCAUCUCCACCGAGGACGAGGGAACUCUGCUUAAAAGGCCGCAGUCGGAGGGAAUGCUCCUAUCCACUGUGCAGUCCCGGGAGGGGCUGCCGGUGCCCAUUCCAGAACAGCCCGUGGAGCAGGAGCUGCAGCUGGAAGGUGAUGCUGGACCCACCACCCCCUCCACAGCUGUCAGCAGCACCUCAGCGCUGGCAGCUGGGAGCACUGCAGAUUUCUCUGAUCCACGCGCUCGCAGUAAUAGCAAUGAAGGCCCAGACUUUACCACUCCAAAAGCCAUCAGCGAUUUGGCAGUGCGGCGGGCACGACACAGGUUGCUCUCUGGGGAAUCGGGGGAGAAACGUACCUCAAGACCUGUCAAUAAAGUGAUUAAAUCAGCAUCCGCUACUGCCUUGUCUCUCAUGAUUCCCUCAGAUCACCACACGUGUUCCCCAUUGGCUAGUCCAAUGUCACCUCAUUCUCUAUCCUCAAACCCAUCUUCGAGGGACUCCUCACCCAGCCGUGACUUUUCUCCUGCUAUCGCAAACCUGAAACCACCAAUCAUCAUCCAUCGGGCUGGAAAGAAAUACGGUUUCACUCUCCGUGCCAUUCGCGUCUAUAUGGGUGACAGUGAUAUCUACACUGUGCAUCACAUGGUCUGGCACGUGGAGGAAGGCGGUCCAGCAAACGAAGCAGGUCUGCGUGAAGGGGAUCUGAUAACCCAUGUCAACGGGGAGCCGGUCAACGGGCUGGUGCACACCGAAGUGGUGGAGCUAAUUCUGAAGAGUGGAAAUAAAGUGUCUAUCUCCACUACGCCGUUUGAGAACACAUCCAUAAAAGUUGGACCAGCUCGAAAGGCCAGCUACAAAUCCAAGAUGGCUCGUAGGAACAAGAAGAGCAAAACUAAGGAUGGUCAGGAAAGUAAGAAGAAGAGUUCUUUGUUGAGGAAGAUCACUAAACAGGCAUCACUGCUUCACACUAGCCGUAGUUUAUCUUCGCUGAACCGCUCUCUGUCUUCUGGAGAAAGUGUGCCUGGCUCUCCAACCCAUAACCUGUCUCCUCGGUCACCUACACAGAGUUACAGAUCCACUCCAGAGUCUGUACACUCAGUUGGUGGCAAUUCUUCCCAGAGCAGCUCUCCCAGUUCCAGUGUUCCCAAUUCUCCAGCCAGCUCUGGACACAUCCGACCCAGCUCUCUGCAUGGACUAGCACCAAAGCUUCAAAGACAGUACAGAUCUCCAAGGCGCAAGUCUGCAGGAAAUAUUCCUCUGUCACCACUAGCUCACACUCCAUCACCAACCCCACAGUCCACGUCACCGCAACGCUCCCCCUCUCCUUUACCAGGACACUCAGUUGGCAGCUCCAGUAUUAUUCAAUCUUUCCCAGUAAAACUACACUCCUCUCCACCACUGGUGAGACAAAUUUCUCGCCCCAAAAGUGCUGAGCCCCCUAGGUCUCCUUUGCUAAAGAGAGUACAGUCGGCUGAGAAACUAGCUGCCUCGCUGUCCUCUUCUGAGAAGAAGCUGGCUUCCUCACGUAAGCAUAGCUUGGAUAUCUCUCACUCGGAAUUUAAGAAGGAGAUGCUCCAGAGGGACCCAAGUCUACAGAGUUUACAAGAAUCUGUGAAUGAAACAACAGGUGGCAAACUUGGGCUAGCGGAAAAAGGAAUGUUGCAGAAGCCAGGUUCCAGGAAGUUGGGUGCUAUUCGACAAGACAGGGUGGAGAGGAGAGAGUCUCUGCAAAAGCAGGAGGCCAUCAGAGAGGUAGAUUCUUCUGAAGAUGAGACAGAUGAUGGUUCAGAGGAUAGUCAGGAUGGGAGGAGGAUGGACAAGCCGCCUGACAGUGGAGACCAAGGCUCAGAUUCUUUUAAUGAAGAUAGUAAGUUUUCCUCUAAGUUGGAAAGCAAGGAUAGUAUUGAAGAUGAUGCCUUUCUACCUGAAGAUCCAAAAGGUACAGAAGAUUUGCAGAAGGGAAAUGUCCAACAAGCCAAGACUGUUUCAGAGCCGUUGCAAGUUGGUGUGCACCCUUCCUCAUCAGAGGUCCUCCCAAGAACUUCUCCAGAAAAUUUAGCUGAUUCAGAAAAGCCAUUCCUAAGAUCAGGAACAACUGCAAAAGAACAGAAAUUGGCAGAAAACAAAACCUUUCAGUGUUUAGGUCCAAAAGACAAGCCUUCUGAAGCAAUCAGAGAUCAUAGGGCAACUACUAUUACUCAAAAACCAACAGAUUUCACAGAAAGUAUACCGUGCCCAUCUAUCAAACUCCCUGAACUUGAAAAAAGUGACUCUUCAGGGGCCUCAUGUGGUAAACUUGACCUGAAAGACACCCCUCUAACAGAAAUCAGUCAGAAAAAACAAGAGUCGAAACCUCUGCUAGCACUUUCUUCUUGUUGCACAGCAAGUGUGAGCACUCCUCGCUUGGUGAGUCCUGUGGAUCGCAGUGAGAAGGAUCACAAGGGCACAAUUCAGCCCACAGAACAGCACAGCACCUUAUCUCCUUGUCCUGCCAGUGUGAGUGAAACAUCCCAAAAAAGUCCGAGCGCUGAAAAGCGACCCAGCUCGUCCCAGGCAGAGAGUGCCUCAACGGCAAGCAAAACGAGCCAGGGCAGCCCAGCAGGUACUGUGUCCUCCACACUGCUCGUCCCCAGUGCUAUCGAAAGGGCACUCUCCAUGUCUCAGUUAAUGCCACUAGCUCAGAGUGUCUUGGGCCCUUUGAAGCUCAGCAUGCCUGGUUCUGGAGAGGUGGAAAAGAAAAAGGAUUUCCCCCAUUUGGGUGCUUCCUGUAAAGAAGAGAGAGAUUUGAAGCAAAAAAGGCAGGAAGCUUCACAAACAGGAGCGUGUCAAGAGAAAGCCAAACUACCCAGCACAGACAGUCUGACCACAAGGAGUGGAUCCUGCACAGAGUCAUUAAACUCAGCAAAACCUUGGGAAGCAACGUGUCCUGUGGUGGCAAAAAAAGAGGCAACUUUUUACAGUGCUAAAGCACCUGAAGUACUAGGAGGUAGCUGCAGAAUCACUCCAUCGAAGGAGCUGUCGCAUGCUCUUGGACAGCCACCUCUGAGAGCCUCUCCUCUGCCAGAUGGCAGCACGAGGCCCUGUAAAGAAGGGACUCUCACACAAGCAAAAAGCAAAGAGGUUGGAAGUCAGUUAAAAAUACAAGACUUUCCCCUGUCACACGAUGGUACGGUAAAGAAAACAUAGCAGCAUCCCUGGUACACACGGACUGGAGCAUUCUGCAUUCGGAAUAGAGACUGCAUGUUUGAAUUUUGUAAUAUACACUAAUAUAAAAUAGAACUUGUGUACAUCUAUUUUUGGGAGGGUUUUUUUCAUACUGUUUUUUGUGUUUUUUCAUCCUUGCUAUUCUAUUUUUGUACACAGUAAUGCUUGCUGUUUGAGGUCUCUUUAGAACAGGGUAUCUUUAAAACAGGGCUUAGGAAACAGUUUGCUGAUUUUUCCCUUCCUGACCUUUUGUUUUACCUGAGUUUAGGGCUUGUUGUGCUCUUCCUUCCAAUUCUGCAUUUAUUUAAGAUCCCAAAAAUUCGCAACACAAAAAAGGCAGCUUACUUCAAAAUCUCUGGUUUUCAAACUUCUUUCAAAUGUCUUUGAAAUUCACAGGUCUUGAAUAUUGUCUUUGAAUUUACAAUCUAGUUUUGUUUGACAAGGAGAAGAAAGUACUCUCUGGUCCACAAAUUCGGGAACAACAAAUCUUCAGUGCAAGUAAGGCCUCUUUGACACUGUGUGCACUCACAGUUCUGCACACAUCCAUAGAGGAUAUGAAGAAGGGACUUGGAUGGGAGAGGUUGGACAGAGAGAGAUCCCUGUCUUCUCUUUAAACCAAGUAAAAGUGUUUUUUGUUUGUUAGUUUGUUUGUUUUCCCAAUCAGAGAAAUCUCUAAGCUGUUUUCUUUUGGGAGGGAUUAUUUUUAUUUCUCCUUUAUAGGACACGUGGCAACUUCUCCUUCUGUUUUUAAAAUUUUAAUGAUGUUUUAUCUUCCUUUGUCUGGCUUCAAUUUGUAACUUGCCUCAGAAUAAAUGACCCCAGGAGAGGGGCGCCUUGUAGGUGGAUUUUAAAGUAGAGAAAUUUGUAGUCACGUGUUCUCUAGUAUGUCUUGGGCAAAGAUAUCUCAACGAUAAAUGACCUUCGGAGACUUUUCCUUCUCUUGGUGAGUCUAAAUAGGUAGGGAUUUUAAGGUGUUCCUUAACAUUUCUGAACUGGGGCUUGGGAAACUCGCAGAGUUUUCCAAAUCUGCCCAUUUUAAAAACAACCAACCAGAAAACUAUGAAGAGUUCUGACUCCUUGAGUUCUGUGGACAAGCUGCAAGCAGACUUCAAAACACAUGUGAUAUUUUAAGGUUUCAGCUGUGAUAGCUAGAUCAUUUCCACUGCAGAGGUCACUUGUUCCCUUAAAAAUUACUCUCAGCUCUUAGGUUUAGACAUUGCUUUGCUUUAGGUGUGACCGACUCCGGGUACCAGUGCUCAUUGCUGAGGAUUAGAUACCAAUACACCAAUAACUGUGACUGGUGAUACCUGUAGCACUGUAAGCCAUUUCUUCAUCCAGUUAAAGGUUACUGUCAAUGAACACUCCCGUCAUUUGUCCCAGAUUGUGCUCAGCUCUUAUUCUAGUCUUGUCUGAGUAUAUCCUCCUGCGGAUCACCCGCGCUAUCUAGUGUCCUGCUCACCGGCUUUCUCUGUUAGAAGCAGAAUGACCGUGCAACAGUAUUCCAAGCUAAAACCUGCAUCCGUUGGUCUGUUCCAUUCUACUGCUGCCUUUUUCAUUGUCUUGGCCUUUUCUGAACUUGAAGUUUUGAGUCACUGUCCCUAAAUGUAAAUAUGUUUUUAUAUAGGAAUGUAUUUUCUUCAUCUCUUUCAACCUGAUUUCAGCUUAAUCCACAAGUCACAGAAGUCUCUGUAAUCUUGCCCUGAUUCUUUCUGCAUAACCAUUUUUCCCCCAUCAUAUAUGUGAUUUUUGGCUGCUUGGAUUUCAUUUCUUCAGUUCUGGACCAAUUUUGGUUUGGUUUGAGCUUUUUUUUUUUUUUUUUUUAACCAUGUUUAAACGAGUGUUUACUCUGUGUGUCUGUGUGAACAUGUAUGGUGUUAAUACACUAGCCAAAGCCUCAAAGCUCCCAGAUAACACCUGAAUAAAUCUUGCUGUGACGGUAUUGAGAGCAGGGCCUCGCUGUACUGUCUCUUUGCUCUUUCCUCCUGGAAUUCGUAGGCUACCUGUGUGCACUCAGCGAUUAUAAAUCCCAUUUCCACUGCCCUGUCAGGGGCCUGGGUGCCUCCAGCCUCGCAAAGCCCUUGUGUUGAUAUCAUUGUGCUGAUUUGGAGCGGUAGCAAAUAAGGAACAGGCUUGGCAGGAUCCGGUGCUUGAUCUGGCUAAUAUUUUCCUUACUGAAACCUCCUAAGAAAUUGCUGAGAAGCAACAACAUUCAGUUGGCAGUGCAGCAUAAAGCAAGGUUCCUGGGAAUGAUGAGAAAUGGAUUCAGCAUCAUAAUUCCAUGGCGAUUGCGAAGAGAAGGCUCAAGUUUACAUCCAGGGAGCACCUAACCGUGGCGAGAUGGACGUCCCCGGAUAAAUCAAGCAGUGAGUGCAGGGCUAUGUGAGGACGUGCUCCCGGGGGCGUCCACGAAGGGGUCCACAUUAAAAAACCUGAAGGGAAACCAAACCACUGCCCUAGCUAAAGGGGUCUUUGCAGCCGGGGUCAUUUGAAGCAGCCAGCCCAGGCCGUUAGCUGAAGUGGCCUUAAGGGGGAGCGGCGAGAGCAGGCAGCUGCUGGCUUUCCCUAUCUGUGGUGUACUGUAGCACUUCUGAACCCCUUCCCAGCAGCGUCCUUGAGGGUCCUGUCGGACCGAGUCUAGUAAGGGAGCCUAAGUUAUGUCUGUGCCAGGUACGCUGGGGGCACAGGGCCUCCUGUGGGACACGCAGGCUGGGAGGUGACCUUCUGAAGGUACCAGCUCCAUUAGCUGCUGACUCCCUCUCUUUGCAGCCGGUACCUCCAGUGCUGAAUCAGGAAGUUAUCCUUUCUUGAGCAUAGAAGGACGAGUGGAAACUGUCGUGUCACAGCUUUUGCUGCUUUUGCCUGAACUGGCCAAAGAAGAGGUGAGGUAUGUGCUCAGUCGCCUCUUUUGUAGCUAAGGUACAGAAAGCGAUCAGUGCAAUUUCAAAACCCUGCUUUUUUUGGAAGCCAAAGCCCGACAGCAUUACCAGGAAAGCAUCCUAGUGAAACCCUGGGUCCCCUGCUCCUCGUUAACCCCGCAGUUCCCCUCCAUGUGCCAGGUGCACCACCUUCUCCAUCCACCACCUGUCCAACUCCUUUUGGGGCACCGUAGCAAAAAGCUUGGGCAGAAAGAUUUUUUUUUGGCGAAAUUACAAUAACAAACCAGGUGGAGACCAGGACUUACUCCUUGCUCUGCCAAGAAUUACUCAGAUACCUGCUCAAAUUGCAAAAUUUGUGUGCUGGGGAGGGGAAGGAGAUGUUGGGAAUGCUGUCUGUGCGCACAGGUGCGCUGCACUGUGCAGCCUUUCCCCGUGCAGGACGGGGCCCUCAGCCCCGAGCAGAGCAGGCAGCAAGCCGGGAACGUGGCCUCCAUACAUGACACCGAGUCAGACAGGUGGGAGGAAUUCCCUGGUGAAUGAGCCAUGCAUACAACCGCCAACAAACAUCGCUUUCCUGAUUGAUUUCCCCUCGCAGCUCUCCCCUGCUCCAGCCCCCGGCCAGCGCCUUACCGCGCUGCCUCAUUUCAGUGUUACUUUUCCCUUUGUCUCUUCCUGUUGCGGACUAAGAGAGAUGGGUGAUAUUUAUUGUAAAUAUUAGACGUUAGCAUUGUAACGGCCGCUCCCGGGUCCGAAUGUCAGAGGCCUUUGGCUGCUAAUGUACUACAGAGCGCUUGCUGGGGAAGGGUGGGAGUGACCGGUGGUUUUGGUUGCCACACUUGCAUUAAGGUGUGAUUUGGAGUAUUUUUUAUUUUUAUUUUUUUUUCUUCCGAAGAGGGGAGGAUAAAGUCUUUCUCUGGUUUUCUCUUACUGGAUGUGAAGGAUAAUUCUGUACUUCUAGUAGAAGAUUUGACAGAAGUGUGUGUUUACGUUGUGUUCGAUAUCAUAUCCAGGUGGCUGCGAGAGCACCUCUGAAGCGGGGCUCUGCCAAGCCGUGUCACUCAGCACUUAGCUAGAUAAGAGGACGUGUGGAAUUUCUGUGUUUUUAGAAACUUGAACAAUUGCCACAUAAUAGCGGUGCAAUAAUUUUUAUUCAUGUUGUACCUGCAUGUCGAUGUUCAAAUCCUCCUCCAAAAUAAAUUUUUUUUUACAUAAGUUC